AUGUUCAGCCUUCUCAUAGCUGCUACGGAUCAGUCUGUCUCCUAUGGUUCUGGAUCUUUCUAUGGCGAGGAGUACACCGAUCAGGUUACUCUCGGUAGCUUCGUCAUUCAGGACCAAUCCAUCGGUGUGGCCACGGAAGCCAGCGGCUUCCAGAGCGGCGUGGACGGUAUCUUGGGUAUCGGCCCCGUCGACCUCACUGAGGGUACUGUCAACAACACUGACACUGUUCCUACUGUUACCGACAACCUGCUUUCCCAAGGUCUUAUAUCGACCGAAGUUGUUGCCGUCUCCUUCGAGCCGACUAACCAGCAGAGCGUGACGAACGGCGUGCUGACUUUCGGUGGCACUGACUCGAGCAAGUUCACCGGCGCCAUCGACUAUGUCCCUUUGACGAACACUUAUCCCGCUUCUCUGUACUGGGGCAUCGAUCAGUCCAUCGUCUACGGCAGCACAAACCUGAACAUCCUGUCUAACACUGCUGGUAUCGUCGACACAGGCACUACCCUCAUUCUCAUUGCCACUGAUGCUUUCCAGACGUAUCAGCAAGCUACGAAUGCUACUUUGGAUGACACUAUCGGCUUGUUCAGCAUCUCAAGCUCGCAGUACGACAAUCUCCAGGAUCUGUACUUCAAUAUCGGCAAUCUGGCCUGUACGUCUGCCAUAGCUGCUCGCUAUGAACCACUUGAGUUGACAGUGGGAUCUAUGCAGCGUUCUCUCAACACACUUAUCGGCGGCAGCGCGGACAACAUUUACCUCGUCGUCGCUGAUAGCGGCGACCCCUCCGGUCAAGGCCUCGAUUUUAUCGAUGGCCAGGCGUUCCUGGGGAGGUUUUACUCUGUAUUUGAGUAUCGCCUCUACUCGCCAGCCAGCGCUUCUGCGAACCGUGCCUUAUGCCUUGCUUCCCACCAUCACCAUGAAUCGAGGAGCCCUCUAGCAGAGGCGAAGCAACUUAGGAGGGCCAACGAUGUGACGAUUGUCAAAACGUGCUUCGCUUCAGCCGGUUCUGGCGGUGGUCGGCGUCGACGGUCCUGCGACCGCUUGAUUCUCGUUGACACCGGUUAUUUGAGCGUGCGGAUUGGUGCGAAUAAGCGUUGCGUUCCGGUCGCGACGAACUCGGACGAGAGUGCUGGCCACAGCGUCUCUAGCAUGUGCUGCUCAGAGUCUUUCUCAGAACAGGAGAAUCUCAACCAGAUGACUCUUGUGAGCCUUGCCACCGAAAACCAGCCCAUUGGUGCAGCAGGCUACAUGGGCAGCCGGAACCAGAACGUCCGCAUCCUUCUGAGUCUUCUCUCGCGUGUAUCACAGACUAGCCUUGCAACUAUGUACCUCCUGGGUGAUUUACGUCUGUUCAUGCAUACGCGUCGACUUAUGCUGACUACGCCUUUAUAG